AUGGCCGAUCAACAGCUUGGAGUGUUGAAAGCACUCGAUGUAGCGAAAACGCAACUUUACCAUUUUACAGCGAUCGUCAUCGCUGGUAUGGGUUUCUUUACUGAUGCCUACGAUCUCUUUUGUGUUUCCUUGGUGACUAAGCUCCUAGGCCGCCUCUACUACUUCGAUCCGACAUCACCAAAGCCUGGCUCACUUCCACCUCAUGUUGCUGCUGCGGUCAACGGUGUGGCACUUUGUGGAACCCUUGCUGGUCAGUUGUUCUUUGGAUGGCUCGGUGACAAACUCGGAAGGAAAAAAGUGUAUGGUAUCACUUUGAUCAUGAUGAUCGUGUGUUCUGUCGCUUCCGGUCUCUCAUUAGGGAACCAUGCCAAGGGUGUCAUGACCACUCUUUGCUUUUUCAGGUUUUGGCUUGGGUUUGGUAUCGGAGGUGAUUAUCCUCUUUCAGCCACAAUCAUGUCUGAAUAUGCUAACAAGAAGACUCGUGGAGCUUUUAUCGCGGCCGUCUUCGCCAUGCAAGGUGUUGGUAUCUUGGCUGGAGGUUUUGUGGCACUUGCAGUAUCUUCCAUUUUCGACAAAAAGUUCCCAUCGCCGACCUACGAGCAAGACAGGUUUCUCUCAACACCUCCUCAAGCUGAUUACAUUUGGCGCAUCAUUGUCAUGUUUGGUGCUGUACCUGCGGCCAUGACCUACUAUUGGCGUAUGAAGAUGCCCGAAACGGCUCGUUACACUGCUUUAGUUGCAAAAGACAUUAAACAAGCAACAAAAGACAUGUCCAAGGUCUUACAAGUGGAGCUUGAGGUUGAAGAAAGGGCGGAGGACCCCAAACUCAACUAUGGCUUGUUCUCCAAGGAGUUCUUGAAACGUCAUGGGCUUCCUCUUCUUGGGUGUACCUCUACUUGGUUCUUGCUUGACAUUGCCUUCUACAGCCAAAACUUGUUCCAAAAGGAUAUUUUCUCGGCCAUCGGAUGGAUUCCAAAGGCAGCCACCAUGAAUGGUAUCCAUGAAGUUUUCAAGAUUGCUAGGGCACAAACACUCAUUGCACUAUGCAGUACUGUUCCAGGUUACUGGUUCACGGUCGCGUUCAUUGAUAUCAUGGGAAGAUUUGCGAUCCAGCUAAUGGGAUUCUUCAUGAUGACUGUUUUCAUGUUUGCCAUUGCCUUCCCUUACGACCACUGGAUCAAACCCGACAACCGUAUCGGUUUCGUGGUUAUGUACUCUCUCACAUUCUUUUUCGCCAACUUUGGUCCAAAUGCAACUACUUUUAUUGUCCCGGCUGAGAUCUUCCCAGCCAGGCUAAGGUCUACAUGCCAUGGUAUAUCAGCCGCGACAGGUAAGGCUGGAGCCAUCGUUGGAGCCUUUGGGUUUCUAUACGCAGCUCAGCCACAGGACAAGAGCAAGGUCGAUGCUGGUUACCCACCAGGCAUUGGAGUUAAGAACUCAUUGAUCAUGCUUGGUGUUAUUAACUUUGUUGGUAUGCUUUUCACAUUCCUUGUCCCUGAACCUAAGGGCAAGUCCCUAGAAGAACUCUCUGGGGAGGCUGAGGUUGAAAAGUAA